ACAAGUAAAAGACCGAGAAAGAGUGGAGUAUAGAUAAAACUACAGAAAUUGGAGAAUGGAAGUAGCACAGGUACUGCACAUGAACGGUGGCGUUGGAGACGCAAGCUAUGCAAACAACUCCUUUGUUCAGCAAAAGGCGAUUUGUUUGUCAAAGCCCAUAAGAGAGGAAGCCAUAACAGGUCUCUAUUGCAACACAGUCCCGAGAAGCUUGGCAAUUGCAGAUUUAGGUUGCUCUUAUGGACCAAACACUUUGUCUGUUGUGUCUGAAUUCAUCAAAACUGUGGAGAAACUUUGCCGGAAGCUAAACCAUAAAUCUCCAGAAUACAAGGUCUUUCUGAAUGAUCUCCCUGGGAAUGACUUCAACAACAUCUUUAUGUCCCUUGACAACUUCAAAGAGAAAUUGUGUGAUGAAAUUGAAACUGGGGUUGGUCCAUGCUACUUCUUUGGGGUUCCCGGUUCCUUCUAUAGCAGGGUUUUCCCAAAUCAAAGUCUGAAUUUUGUCCAUUCCUCUUAUAGUCUUCAAUGGCUUUCUAAGGUUCCUGAGGGUGUAAACAAAAACAGGGGCAAUAUUUACAUAGGCAGUACAAGCCCUUCAAAUGUUGGGAGAGCUUACUACGAACAAUUUCAGAGAGAUUUUUGUGUUUUUCUAAAGUGUCGUGCAGAGGAAUUAGUUGAAGGAGGUCGCAUGGUUCUCACAAUUUUGGGAAGAAGAAGUGAUGCUGAGAAUCCAGCUAUCAAGGAGGGCGGUUAUAUUAUCUGGGAGCUUAUGGCUACAGCUCUUAAUGAUAUGGUCAUGCAGGGAAUCAUAAAGGAAGAGCAAUUGGAUACUUUUAACAUUCCUCAAUACACUCCAUCUCCAUCUGAAGUGGAAUUGGAAGUUCUUAAAGAAGGAUCAUUUGCCAUCAACCGUCUAGAGCUUGCUGAAGUGAAUUGGAACCCUCUUGAUGAUCUGAACGCUCUUGACUUUGAAUCUGAGAGGUCUGAAUCACUCCGUGACAAUGGAUAUAGUUUGGCACAGUGCAUGAGAUCUGUGGCAGAACCUAUGCUAGUUAACCAAUUUGGCGAAGAUAUUAUUGAAGAGGUUUUUAGUCGCUACCAAAAACUCUUGGCUGAUCGUAUGUCUAAGGAGCAAACUAAGUUCAACAAUAUUACUAUAUCAUUGACUAGAAAAGCAUAAGCAAAGAAGUUCUUUUUACUUCUUAGGAAUCAUAAACAUAUAUAAGAAGAUUUAUAAUAACUCUGCCAUUUGCUUAUUCAAUUGAGUUAUCCCUUAAUACAUAACCAAGAAUUUGCAUCUAUAGUUUUUCAAAGGGAUUAUUGUACGUGUUGUUGUUACUGUUUGCUUGCUCAUUUUUCCCCUUCUACCAAUUAACUAGCAAUAAACUAUAUAUAGGAGUAUUGUAGGUAUCACCUUUGGUGGUGGCCUUUUCUUUUUA